AUGGAGUUGAAGAUUGCAACAAGGAAUUUCAGGUCUAAGUUGGCUAGCGAUGGAUUAGGCUUGAUGUUCAAAGAAUCUCUAACUAAUGGUAUGCUUGUGGCAGUAAAGAAACUGGAAGGUUUAAGACAAUAUGAGAGGCAAUUCCGAGCAAAAAUUAGUUCUGUUGGCAACAUACAAUAUGCAAAUUUGAUCAGGUUUCGAGGAUUUUGUGCAGAAGGAUCUAGAGGGUUACUGGUUUAUGAGUACAUGCCCAAUGGUCCUCUAAAUUACCUACCAUUCACUUGUAAUUCCAAAAGUAAAUGGAAUGUAUUGGAUUGGUUGAUCCAAUUAUAUAUCGCUUCAAGCACGGUACGAGGUUUAGUUUAUCUCCAUAAGGAAAGCAUAGGUGAUGUAAAGCCUGAAAGCAUUCUUUUGGACGAUAAUUUUUCACCCGUGUUGGAAGAUUUUGGGUUGGCAAAGGUUGUGGGUACAGAUUUCCACCUGUACUAG